UCUGCUAAACAAACCUUAACAUUUCCGACACAACCCAAAAACCCUUGUUCAAUUCCCAUGGCUCUCGUUAGCAGAAUCCCAUCUUCUUCCCCAACACCAAUCCAAUCAAGAAACCCCAAACCCUCGAACCUCAAAACAGUUUUCACCGUCCACUGUGUGUCGAACUCGCAAAAGGCGUCACCUUUUACAGAGAAGCAUUCAAUCGAAAGGUACAACCGUGACAGCUGGCUGUACAACAAUAAUCAGCAGCAGCAGCAGCCCACUCCGUCGUGCCCGCUUCCUCCCGAUCAGGAAUUCGUCAGGGACUACGAUAUCGGAAUGCAGAUUCCGGAGCUGAGGAAAUUGCUUGAUGUUCUGAAGGAGAAAAGAGAGAGCGAAAAUGGGGCCCGAAAACCCGGGCCCGGAAAUGUGUUCUUGGUGGGUACGGGCCCGGGCGACCCGGAAUUGCUGACGAUCAAGGCGAUGAGGGUUAUUGAGAACGCCGAUCUGUUGUUGUACGAUAGGCUGGUUUCGAAUGAUGUGUUGGAUUUGGUGGGGCCCGGUGCUCGGCUUUUGUAUGUUGGCAAAACUGCUGGCUACCACAGCAGAACUCAGCAGGAGGAAAUUCACGAGUUGCUUUUGAGCUUUGCCGAAGCGGGAGCAAAUGUUGUGAGGCUUAAAGGUGGCGACCCAUUAGUAUUCGGAAGGGGUGGAGAAGAGAUGGACUUUCUUCAACAACAAGGAAUCGAAGUAAAAGUCAUUCCAGGUAUAACGGCAGCCUCUGGAAUAGCAGCAGAACUAGGAAUUCCACUGACGCACCGUGGGGUGGCGAACAGCGUAAAAUUUCUCACUGGCCACUCGAGAAAGGGAGGGAAAGAUCCUCUUUUUGUGGCGGAAAAUGCUGCGGAUCCCGAUUCUACCCUUGUUGUGUAUAUGGGGUUGUCUACUCUCCCUUCUCUUGCCUCUAAAUUGAUGUUUCAUGGUUUGCCCGAGGACACACCGACUGCUGCCAUCGAGCGUGGAACGACACCUCAGCAACGUAUUGUGUUUGCUGAACUGAAAGACCUAGCCGAUGAAAUUGCGUCGCAAGAGCUAGUUUCGCCGACUCUGAUUGUGAUCGGAAAAGUCGUCGCUCUUUCACCGUUAUGGCCACAUCCCGUUAGAGAAACUCCUAUAUUGGUCGAGUCCAGAUAACAGGGUUACACAAGAUAGAUUUGAAAUGUUCUAGAACCAGUCGAGUCAUCCGAGAGUUGUUUCUUUUGCUCUACUUUGAACUGCAGAUUGAACAAUCGAGAGCCUCUUUCGUUGUACACUUGCCCCCGUGCGGAUUUGUUAGUAGGAUUAGAUGGAAAUAUUUUGUAAUAAAGAUUUUGAUUUAAUUAUUGAUAUUGGAACUGAAUUUUCGAAUUCCGGUUCCGAUUUUCUCGACGUUCCUGGAAAUAUUUCUGGAAAUUGUGUUUUUCUUUUUUCUUCCCAAAAGUUGCAUAUUAAAUAAUAAAUAUGUAAUUAGUUUUUCA